GAAAUAAAUUUUUCCAAAGGAAGCUGGAUGGCAGCUCUGACAGUGAUACUGAUGGUGCUGAGCCCUCCCCUGGCUUGGGCCAGGGAGACCCCACCACUUUUCAUGCAUCAGUUUAAGGCCGAGUGUCAUUUCUCCAACGGGAUGGAGCAGGUGCGGUUCUUGGCCAGAUACAUCUACAACACGCAGGAGGAUGUGCACUUCGACAGCGACGUGGGGGAGUUCACGGCGGUGACUGAGCUGGGGCGGCCAGACGCUGAGUACUGGAACAACCAGAAGGACUUCAUGGAGCAGAUGCGGGCCAAGGUGCACACACUGUGCAGAAUCAACUACUGGGGUAUUGGCAGCUUCAUGCGGCAGCAGCGAGUCGAGCCUACAGUGACUGUGUAUCCUGCAAAGACCCAGCCCCUGCAGCACCACAACCUCCUGGUCUGCUCUGUGAAUGGUUUCUAUCCAGGCCACGUUGAAGUCAGGUGGUUCCGGAAUGGCCAGGAAGAGGAGGCUGGGGUGGUCUCCACAGGCCUGAUCCCUAAUGGAGACUGGACCUUCCAGACCAUGGUGAUGCUUGAGACAGUCCCUCAGAGUGGAGAGGUCUACACCUGCCAAGUGGAGCACCCCAGCCAGACCAGCCCUAUCGCAGUGGAAUGGAGGGCCCGGUCUGAAUCUGCUCAGAGCAAGAUGAUGAGUGGAGUUGGAGGCUUUGUUCUGGGGCUGCUCUUCCUUGGGGUGGGGCUGUUCCUCUACUUCAGGAAUCUGAAAGAAGACCCUGCACUUCAGCCAACAGGACUCCUGAGCUGAAAUGAAGAUGGUGGCACACAAGGAAGAACCUGUCCCAGUUUCUUCAUGGC